AAACCGUGUGAGGGGACUACCUUUUGUGAUCGCUUGAAAUGUUCAAUUGGGAAAUGGGGCACAAAUAGAGGGUCGGGAAAGAAGCCAGAAUGGAGUAAAAUGGAGGGUGACUUCAAGUGGAGAUUGGGGGAACUCCUAAAUGGCAUGAAGAACGAUACAUAUCAGGACGCUGUUCAACAACAUUGCAACGAGUGGAACGGUGGGGACGCUCAUAGCGUCGCUAACAAGACUGCUUGUAGGAUGGUUGCAGCAGGAUUACAUCAUAUAUCUACCAUUAAACGGGACUACAGCAAGGGGGGAAGUGAUCCGGAUAAUAAUCCAUUCGACCACCAAGAACUUAGGAAACUUCUCUCCUGCUUAUGGUUAAAGAGGAUCAUAGAAGAAAUGAAAGAAAAAAGUAUAAUUUGUGACAUAGAACCCGGCAUAAAGGCCGCUACUAAGGCAUGGAGCACCAUUAAAGGAAAAUGCACAAAGGAACCUUGUAUCGACUGCAAUUUAGAAAACCUGGACAAUUAUGAAAAUUGUCAAAUUGGCAAGGACAAUGACGACGUGAAGCCCAAAUUAAAUGAAUUACUUACAGGAGAGAAGGAGCCCGAAGUCGAAAGAACUCUAACCCCAAUAACUGAAGAGAAAGGAAAUAGUAGUUCUUCUUUAUGUCCACGUUUACAGUGUUUAGCAUCUCGAGUAAAGCAGGCGCAGGCGUCAGGCACCCCCAAUGCG